GCCGCGGGGCAUGGUGAGCCCGGGGCGGCUGCUCCCCGCGGGGACCCGGCGGGCGGCCUCGCUGCUCCGCCCCAGCCUCCUCCUCUUGCUGCUGCUGCGGGGCACCGAGGCGCAGAAAGGUGAUGGGUGUGGACACACUGUGCUGGGCCCUGAGAGUGGGACCCUGACCUCCAUAAACUACCCCCAGACCUCUCCCAACAGCACCGUGUGUGAGUGGGAGAUCCGUGUGAAGCCUGGGCAGCGAGUUCAGCUCAAGUUUGGUGAUUUUGAUAUUGAUGACUCUGAUUCCUGUCAUUCCAGUUACCUGAGAGUUCAUAAUGGCAUUGGCCCCAACAGGACAGAGAUAGGAAAAUACUGUGGGUUUGGCUUUCAAAUGGGUGGUUUAAUUACUUCAAAAAGUAAUGAAGCCACAGUACAGUUCAUGAGUGGAAUUCACACUUCUGGACGUGGAUUUCUUGCAGCUUAUUCGACCACAGACAAAUCAGACUUAAUUACCUGUUUAGACAAUGCAAGUCACUUUUCGGAACCAGAAUUCAAUAAGUAUUGUCCAGCUGGAUGUGUGAUUCCUUUUGCUGAUAUUUCAGGCACUAUUCCUCAUGGAUACAGAGAUUCAUCAUCACUUUGUAUGGCUGGUGUUCACGCAGGCGUCGUGUCGAAUACUCUGGGUGGUCAAAUUAAUGUUGUAAUCAGCAAGGGCAUUCCAUACUAUGAAGGGUCCCUGGCUAACAAUGUCACCUCAAAAGUGGGACCCUUGUCUACAAGUCUCUUCACCUUUAAGACAAGUGGUUGCUAUGGGACACUGGGGAUGGAGUCUGGGGUAAUUCCUGAUUCCCACAUCACAUCAUCAUCUGUUCUUGAGUGGCCUAACCAAACAGGACAAGUAAACAUUUGGAAGCCUGAAAAUGCCAGACUAAAAAGGAUUGGACCUCCUUGGGCUGCUUUUAUCAGUGAUGAACAUCAGUGGUUGCAGAUUGACUUGAAUAAAGAAAAGAAAAUAACAGGUAUUAUAACUACUGGAUCAACUUUAGCAGAACACUACUAUUAUGUCUCAGCCUACAGAAUUUUAUACAGUGAUGAUGCACAGAAGUGGACAGUGUACAGAGAACCUGGCAUGGGUAAAGAUAAGAUAUUUCAAGGGAAUACUGAAUUGUACCAGGAAGUUCGCAAUAAUUUCAUUCCACCUAUUAUUGCACGUUUUUUUAGGAUUAACCCCUUAAAAUGGCACCAGAAAAUUGCAAUGAAAGUAGAAUUGCUAGGAUGUCAGUUUAGUAUAGGUCGUGCUCCUAAAAUCACCUUGCCAGCACCCCCUCAGAACAAGAAUGAUGAGAAGAAUGCUGACUUUGUGGAUGACUUCAUUCAUUCAGUGAAGACUUCUCUGCAGACAGAUAAAACAACUUUCACACCUGAAAUAAAAAACACUACAGUGACUCCAAGUGUAACCAAAGAUGUGGCAUUGGCAGCAGUUCUGGUUCCAGUGCUGGUGAUGGUCUUCACUACUCUGAUUCUUACCUUAGUUUGUGUGUGGCAUUGGAGAAACCGCAAGAAAAAAACUGAGGGCACAUACGAUCUACCUUACUGGGAUCGUGCAGGAUGGUGGAAAGGGAUGAAGCAGUUUUUCCCAACCAAAUCAGCAGAACAUGAAGAAACUCCUGUACGCUACAGCAGCAGUGAAAUCAGUCACCUAAGACCAAGAGAAGUCCCAACAAUGUUGCAAACAGAGUCUGCAGAAUAUGCUCAGCCCCUGGUAGGGGGAAUAGUGGGCAUGCUUCACCAGAGAUCAACCUUCAAACCAGAGGAAGGAAAAGAAGCCAGUUAUGCUGACUUGGACCCUUACAAUUCCCCCAUCCAAGGAGUUUGCCACGCCUAUGCUGAGCCACUGCCCAUAACCAGACCCGAGUACGCGACUCCGAUAAUCAUGGACAUGUCCAGCCAUCCCAGCACACCUCUUGGUGCUCCUUACAUUUCCACCUUCAAAGCUGCAGGAAAUCAAGCUCCUCCACUGGUUGGAACGUGCAAUAAACUGUUAGCCAGGACAGACAGUGCAUCCUCAGCACAGGCACUGUACGAUAUACCAAAGGGGCAGCCGGGGCCGGGCAGUGCUGACCAACUUGUGUACCAGGUGCCACAGAGCGUGGCCCAUCCCACUGUGAGUAAGGAUGAACAAAGUUAGCUCUUGAGUAAGGUAGAAUGAUGGCUUGUUUCUAAAAGCCAGUUCCAUAAAGCUUGCAGUUUCACUUUUUUAAUUCCAUUGUUUUGGUAUUGUUAGUCUUAAAUAAUACAACAUUGAACCAAAAGAUGUGGUAUGGGAGAUCUGGGAAAACAGUAAUUCUACUUUUCCUUAAUCUGUAUGACAAUUAACAGCUUGUCUCCUGCAAAACCGUGGACUUCUUUAUUACUACUGUACAAUUGUCUGUCAGACAUGAGAGAAGAACUCUUCAUGAUUAGCUCCAGUAAUUCAUAGAUGUGAGUGAUAAAUUGGGAGAAACAGUUUAAGUAGAAGAGCCAGUUAUUUCUUCCUAAUGGUACUAUUUUUGGGGGGGGAAAACCCAUCUCAAUACCUAAAGCUCUUAAUUUCUGUGCAAGCACUACAGCUUCUAAAAUUCUUCUUUUAUUGUAAAAUGUCUGCACAACUUUGGACUUAACAAGCUGCUAUCAGGACUGAUGGCAAAAAUCCCUUUAGCUUCAUGGCAUAAAAUAGUUUUGAUUCUGAAUUACAUUAUUUCAGCUUUUGUUAACAGAAUUGGCAAUUUUCAGCUGUGUGUUCCUCAGAAGGUUUCUGCCUUUUUGGUUAGGUUAGCCUUCCAAAACUAGAAGCUGCUGUCUUGUAUAAUCUUUUUUCUGCCUCCUUUCCUUAAGCCACUCAGUCAUAUUCCUUGCUAGGGAUCCAGGAGGCACAGACUGACACAAGUAAACUACCUGGCCACUGCUUUCACAUUAUUCCCUAUGCCUCUGAGGGCCACUUGAAUAUCAUCUGCCUCCAGGUCAGACUUCCCUGAUGCUCAGUGCAAGAAGCAUUCAGGUCUUGGAGGUGACUUGAAUUGAGAAAGGCCCUGCCCUGCCCUCCCCCAGAGUGUCCAUUAUUCUGUGUUCAGGUGUGAGCUUACAAAAACAGAUUUGUACAUACUUUUGUGAGUGCUUAAGGAAGCACACAGAUAUUCUAAUGGUGCACAGUUUGUGUUAGACAUGCAUUUAGCACCUAUGGUACAUUUUAGCACAACUGCCAAAUUUAGCCUUAGGGCUUUUUUAUGAUUGUUCUUAUUAGAAGCGUGAAAGAUUCCAAAACCUUUGCAAAAGAACCAGUACUAUUCCAAAGAGUGUCCAUUUCAGACUUAUUUAUUGAAAUUUCCAUCCUUUGAAUGUUCCAGUGUUCUAUACUAUGAAAACAUUGCAGCCAGUCAUUUACUGGGGUAAUGUUGACUCAUUUUUGCUAGGUAAUCACAAAAUGAAAACAGUCUGAAUGGCAUAAUUGCCAUUUUUUAUCUUGUUAGAAAAAAAAGCACAGCUUUCUUACCUAAGUAGGAGAAAACCCCUCUACAAAAAUGCUGUAUUUUUAUUCUAACAGCACUAUUGGAAUUUGUACAUGUGGACUCCCUCCCUACACAGUAGCCCAUUUUAUGGGCUUCAGGGGUUACUGUUUGUGAUGCAAUUCAAAGCCUCGUUUACUGCCCAGGUCCUUAAAUGCCAUGGACAACAUCUGAAUGGAAGCUGCAGUGCUGUUCAAGGGGCUGCCACCAUGCCUUAACACCAGUACAUCAUCCUCACUUACCCCUGAAAAUCUGUUUGCACAGGGGCUGUAUAUAAAUUUGAGUCAAAAAUCACUUGUGGCCUGUUCAGCAUCUAAAAUAUGGUAUUACAUAGAAUCAUAGAAUGGCUGGAGUUGGAAGGGACCUUAAAGAUCAUCUCCUGCCAUGGGCAGGGACAUCUUCUAUUAGAGCUCCAUUGAACCUGGCCUUGAAUACUUCCAGGGAUGGGGUAUCUAUAAUUUCUUUGAGCAACCAGUGUCUCACCAUCCUCACAGUAAAGAAUUUCUUCCUUUUAUCUAACCUAUACUUCCCCUCUUUCACUCUCUACUCAUUUCCCCAUGUUGCGUCAGUGCAGUUCCUGACAAGGAGUCCCUCUCCAGCUUCCCUAUGGGUCCCUUCAGACACUGGAAGGUUGUAAUGAGGUUUCCACACAACCUCUUCUUCUCCAGGCUGAACAUCCCCAGCCUUCCCAGCCUGUCUCCACAGGGGAGGUGCUCCCACCCUCUUACCAGCCUCGUGGCCUUCUCUGCACUUGCUCCAGCAGUUCCAUGUCCUUCUUAUACUGGGGGCACCAGAGCUGGAUGCAGCACUGCAGGUACGGUUUCACCUGAGCAGAGGAGAAUCCCUCACCCUUCUGGCCAUGCUCCUUUUGAUGCAGCCCAGGAUCCCAUUGGCUUUCUGGGCUGUGAGAGCACAUUGCUGGCUCAUGUUGAAUUUUUCAUCAACCAUCACCCCUCAGUCCUUCUCUGCAGGGCUCCUCUCAGUCACUUCUCUGCCCAACCUGUCUGUGAGCCUGGGAUUGCCCUGAUCCAGGUGACAAUGCCUUGUUCAACUCCAGGAGGUGCCAGCUCUCAGGGCUGUCCAGUCCCUCUGGAUGGCAUCCCUUCCCUCCAGCAUGUUGACUGCACCUCACAGCUUGGUGCUGUGGGCAAACUCACUGAGGAUGUGCUCAUUCCCACUGUCCCUGUCACCAAGAAAGAUGCUGAAUAUUCUCUGUGCUACCUUAAAGCCCAGUUAUGUAAUUUCUGAUCAUUCAUUCUCAUUCAUUGAGAAUGACAUUUUUUAAUUAUUUGUUUAAGAGUUUGGUGUCUUAAGCCUAAAUGUGAAUGUAAGGAUGGUAAAUAAGACGCAUUUGUGAACAGCAAAUUCCUGCCUAUGAUUGUACUUUUAUGUUACUGCAACUUUUUCUGACUGACAGAACUGUCUGCAAUCUUCAUAGUUUUGCUUAAACAGGUAAGUGACUGUUCCUAGCUAUCAGCAACUGUGACUGAAAUUAUCUGUAUCUGAGCUGGUUUUAUUGCAAGGGGUAGGAAGUUGUUAGUUUCCACUAAGAUGUGACAAUACAGCUAUAGCCAAGUUAAGAAUCCUCUCCAUUCUCAACCUGUACCAGUUUAGGCUUAAAAAAAAUAAUCUACCAUAAAAAUUAAGUGAUGUCAGUAUAAAUAACAUACCAGGAAUUAAUUUUUACUGCAGACCCCAGGAAUGGUAGAACUGUGGAUAGCUGAAGGCUAAGGUGGUGUAAGAAUUAAGCUAUUUCCCACUGUAAUACCCACUGUAUUUCUCUACAGUGGGUUCUUUUUUAGCAAACUUCAUUUGGGCAACUUCAUAGGGCAACUUCAUUAUUUGAGGAGCAUGUUAAAGAAAUUGGUGUUUUUUAAAUUUAAGCCCCUUUUUGGAAGGAAUUUGGUCCCAGGCUUUGCUCUUGCUUCAGACUUUGGACAUGUUUUCUGCUAGGGCUAAGAUACAUUUGAACAUGUAACAGUUGGGUUUAAAUUGCAUGACACUAAGACUAGAAUUUCCCUGUACAAUAAAGCAAAGGUACAUUUCAUGGGUCUCUCUUAUAUGUGAAGACAUGUAUAUAAAAUGUAUUUCAAUCUUGUUUGGCUUGAGUAUUCUCCCAGAAUGUAUGUUCUUACCUCAGCAUGUAUUGUAGUUGCUCAGUAUUUGUAUAUGUUGCUAGGACUUAGACUGUAUAAAUAGUGAGGUGGGUUUAUAUGUUAAAAAGUAUUUUAAAUAAAUUGUACAUACCUAUUA